AUGUUGCCGUCAGGAAAGGUAUAUGCCAACACUGGUGGAUCCAGCGGUAUCGGCUUUGCAACUGCCAGAUACGUCUCAGAGCGAGGUGGGACUGUUUGUAUUGCCGAUGUCAAUCCAGUCACGCUGGCCGAAAAAGAAUCUUACUUUUCUCAACAAUCCGUACCGUUCAUGGUAACCAAAGUGGACGUCUCCAACAGGGACGAAGUCGACAGAUAG